AUGACAAAGGCAAGGAUCUCCACCAUGCAGCUCUUCGGUUUCGACUCCUCAGACAACAAGGAUUUCCUGCUUCGCAGGCACGUACGAGUAGAUGCGUUUAGAAAGUUGAAGAAUAGUGAAGGGAGGUUCAAGGAAUGGGUGUCAAGGGAUAGGCAAGGACUGUUGAGCUUGUACGAGGCAGCACACUUGGCAUUCAAUGGAGAAGAUAUAUUGGAUGAAGCCCUAAUCUUUGCGACCAAGAACCUUAAGUCGCCAUCCAUCAUCCAACACAAUACCAACCCUAAUUCAUUCCAAAAGCAAAUCGACUUUGCUCUCCGCUUUCCUGCUUGGAAAUGUGUUCCAAGAUCACUUGCCAGGCACUCCAUAGAUUUUUAUUCCGAGAAUACUUCGCAGAAUCAAAAGCUUCUCAUGUUUGCAAAGAUGGAUUUCAACAUGGUCCAGAACUUGCAUCAGCAGGAGCUCUAUGAAAUCUCUGGGAUGAAUGUUAGGGCUCUUCAAGAACUACCCGAUAGGAUGAAGAAAACUUAUCGUCUCAUCCUUGAUCUGUAUGAUGAAGUCGAGAGUGAAAUUGGAAAAUCGGGACCCACUUUCCCCGUCGAUUAUGCAAAGGGCGAGCUCAAGAAAUUGUGCCGAGCCUACUUACUUGAGAUUCGGUGGCGCGCUGAAAGCAAGGUUCCAACACUGGAAGAGUACAUGAUCACCGCACACAUCAGCUGCGCUAUGCCCAUAACGGCCACCUCGAAUUUCAUUGGCAUGGGAGCAGAAAUAGCCACCAGGGAGGCUUUUGAAUGGGUGACUAACGAAUCCAAGCUGAUGAAAGCUUGCUCUGUGAUUGGUAGGCUUCAAAAUGACAUUUUCUCUCACGAGUGUGAGCAAAACAGAAGUCAUCCUGCUUCGGCCGUCGAAUGCUACAUGAAGCAACAUGGAGCGACGGAGGAAGAAGCAGUUGAAUUCCUGUGGAAGAAGAUUCACAACGCCUGGAAAGACAUCGUCGAAGAGUAUCAGAAACCAACUCCGUUGCCGGUAGCUCUUACAGAUCGUCUCCUCAAUUUGGCGCGUUCCUUCAACUUGUUCUAUGAAAAUGGUGAUGGCUACACCAACUCCCACCUCGUGAAGGAUCACCUCACCUCAAUGCUCAUCGAUCCUGUGCCCCUUUGA